UGCUGUGAGGCUUGUGUGUUGCGCCGCUAUGUCCCCGCUGGUCCUCCUGUCCCUGCUGCUGUUCUCGGUGUGUCCUCUGGCGGCCUGGGACGCGGACCUGGAGCUGCUGGACUUGGUGGAGGAGGUCCCCCACAACUUCUAUCACUUCCUGUCCGUGGACCAGGAUGCGUCCUCAGGAGAAAUUAAGAAGGCGUAUCGUCGUCUGUCUCUGACUCUUCAUCCAGACAGGAACAAAGACGAGAACGCGGAGACACAGUUCAGACAGCUGGUGGCCAUUUAUGAAGUCCUGAAGGAUGAGGAAAGACGACGCAAGUAUGAUGACAUCAUGGUGAACGGGCUUCCUGAUUGGCGGCAGCCUGUCUUCUACUACAGACGAGUGAGGAAGAUGAGUAAUGGAGAGCUGUCCGUCCUCGUCUUCCUCAUCCUCACCGUGGGACACUAUGCAGUUCUCUGGUCAAUCUACCUGGAGAAGCAGCUGGACGAGCUGCUGAGUAAGAAGAAGAAGGAGAAGAAGAAGAAGGCGAGCGUGCGACCUGCAGACGAGCUCAGGUGUGUUGACAGAGUCGACGAUCGGCCGCACUGGCAGGACCUCCUCCCUCUGAAGCUCAGCAUCUGGAUUUACCUGUCCAUCAAACACCUGCCGCACACCGUCCAGGUACCUGCCUGUCUGUUCCCUGUCUGUCUGUUCACCCGUCUGUCUGUUCCCUGUCUGUCUGUUCACCCGUCUGUCUGUUACCUGUCU